UAAUCGGCGCACAGCAUACUGUCACUUUAACGUUGCGAGGACUACAGCCACGAUGGGAGUUUUGGUACUCAAUCAAGACAAGUUUUCAGAGCUCUCAUCACCGGAAACUUAUCUCUAAAGGAAGAAAGCAGUCGGUGUUGCGCGCUCACGGCUUGAUCUCGCAUGAUUUACAUGCAGGAUGUCAGUGUUGCUGAAAAGCCGGUAAGAUAGUGCAAAGUGAGUUUGCUUAUGAGAGCUGCCUAUUCAGCAUCACACAAAGGGAUCUACUGAGUUGUCAUUGGGUUUGAAUGUCAUAAAGAAACAAUUUCUACUCUUAAACGAAAUGGAUCACUUCGCAGCAGAGUGCCUUGUGUCAAUGUCCAGCCAAGCAAUUGUCCACAGUCCAAAAGGGAAUAGAGAGAUCAAACCCGAAACUGCGGCUGCACAGAGGAAUGGAGAAGAAACCAAGGAGCCUUUGAAAGACAACUCCUCUCUUUUUGUGGUGGCGAGAAUUUUGGCGGAUUUUAAUCAACAGACCCCCACCAAUUUUGCCGAGCAGGCAAAAAUAAAGGAGGAGAGCACGCCACCAACAGCAACCCUGACCAGAGAUGAUGGGAACUCUGCCACACCUACCACCAUCACCGGCGACUCUGCUCUUAAACAAAGAAACAAACGAUUUAGGGGUCGAAUUGAACAAGAACCCCCACAGAAAAAGCACAAAUGCCACUAUUCAGGUUGUGAAAAAGUUUAUGGCAAAUCAUCCCAUCUCAAAGCCCACCUAAGGACACAUACAGGAGAGCGCCCCUUUCCUUGCACCUGGCCUGACUGCAGUAAGAAGUUUGCUCGCUCUGAUGAGCUGGCACGGCACUAUCGCACCCACACGGGUGAGAAGAAGUUUGGCUGCCCCCUGUGCGACAAACGAUUCAUGCGGAGCGACCACCUGAUGAAACAUGCACGCCGUCACUCCGACUUCCAGCCGGCCAUGCUGAAGAGGCAGCACGGUGGUGGCAACGCCACCGUCUCGAGCAGCACACGACCCGGCUCCCUCAGCGAUUACAGUCGAUCCGAUGCCUCAAGCCCCACCCUUAGCCCCGCCCUCAGCCCAGCCAAUUCGCCUUAACCUGGCCGCACUUUCUGCCCACAGCGCCUGGUUCUCCAGGCUGAUUUUUUUUUCUUCUCUAUCCAUUCUUUUUCUUUCCCCAAAAAAUUACUGGCGUAAUAAGCGCCCAUGCUAAACCCCGUUGCUUGCUGUGGUGUACUGUACUGUACAUAACUGCUUCUUGUAGUGCAAUUUUCUUGUGCAACCCCUAAAAGAGAAAAAAAACACAAAAAAAGAAAAUGCCUUUUCCACAUGGCAAUAUUUACAUGAUGUACCAUAUGUCUGUAUUUUUAUAGCUUCUGGCCACAGCCUCUUUCCAUUAUGGGUUUUUUUGUUGCUAAUUCUUUCAUAUACAACCGCUCUGUUCAAGUGAGCUAAAAAGUUGAAAGGUUUGACAGGUAAAGAUGUUUCUUUUUAUUUAAAACGGGUGAGGGAGAGGGGCACACAUACACCUCAGGAUUCAGAACAGUUUUUUUCUCCUUUAAUACUCACAUUGACUGCACAAUACAAGCAUCACUUUACUCCGAAAUUCAACAGAGGUUGAAUUUUGCGCCCUGCUCAGGGAUGGCCUCGUUAGCUUGAAAGAAUGAACAUGAUGAAGAUAACAUACGUUAAGAAACAGCCUUACACUUGGACAAAAGGAACCUUUGCACUCUUUUUUUUGUUGUUGUUGAGUUGGUUGGUUGGUUUUCACAUCAGGGGAAGCAAAUUCUGGGUUUUAACAUUCAUUCAUACUCUUUAUUAAUAUUAAUUUUUGUAAAUCAGUCUUUUAAAGAGAGUGGCAGAACCACUCGCCAGAUACGAUGUGAUGGGGUCUCGAGACUGGAAAUGACUUUAUUUUCAACAUCACUAUCUCCCGAUAACCCUGUACACACAAAGAGCUGUGCUGGCCUGGGUCUAUGUUUCAAAGGGAAUCCUCUCAAUAUAGCAUGAAUGUCAUGAUCAGUCCACUUUUACAUGCUUGAGCCACCCAAUGAAGAGAACAGACAGCACCACUUCUCUCAGUGGACUAAACUAAACUCCCCUUGCAAUUUUGGAGGCUGAAGUUUCAAAGCAGCUGUUUCCUCAAUAAAAACAGCACAUUCAUCAACUUCAGGGUUUUUCACUACAGUACAACACAUUCAAAGGGACUCGUCUGGAUGUACGCCUACUUCAGAUACAAAUAAAGACAAAAAGCACAUGAGCAGAAUUCACCAAAGACCAAGGUGUGAACGAGAGAACAGGGAGGUUUUUUUUUCUGCCCAGAGGAAGAAGGGAGGGAGGGAUGUUGGCAUUCUCUCAGGUAACAGCAGAAGCCCUGGUAGCAGAAGUCCAUCUGUAGAGGCCUUCCACUUAGGAAACUGCAUCAUCCUACACAGGGCUAUUCAUAGCACACUAGCCAGGGAGACGAGAGCAUUACAGUGGAGGUUUACGCACUCUGUCUCGCUCACUCUAGCUGACGAGAAGGAGUGGGCGUAUGAGAGAGAUGGAUGGAGGUCCAAAGCAAAAGUUUCAAAGAAAGAUGUCAAAUCCACAUACAGUGUCAUAACCAGGCGCCAUGCAACAAUUAGCGACAUUGCUGCCAUAUUUAAAAUUAAUGUACAGCUAUGUGAAGCUGAAAUUCGGGUCAAUGAGAGUGGUGCCUAGCUACUCAUCAAAACAAAAACCAAAACCAUGUUAUUGACUUGUCUAAUGCCAAAAAUUGGCUUAUUAAUCAACCAGGGUGAUACUGACAUGGUUAUCGGAUGAUGCUGGUAAUCACAAAAUGGAGAAAUACUGACUUGAAUAAUUGGCCUUGCCUGCAUUUUCUAAAACAUUGUAAGCUUAAAGCCGCCUUUCCACCGAAAUUACCCAGAAACAGUUUGUUGCAGGAACUUUUUUCCCCCCAGACCUGUUGUGAUCUAAGUACCAUGAAGAUUAAGUGACAGUGACGUAGGACUGUGAAACUUUCCAGUUCCAGCUGGAUUUCGUCCUCCGCAUAUAAGCUUAAUAAAGCCUGAACCUCGUCGUUGGUUGUAUUUUUAAAUGCCAUUGUUUUGAUUCGAAUAGCAAACAACUCUUACUGCACGCACCGCAACAGACUUUUAAAAAUGGUGGUUGAAAUAAAAUGCUGCGUGGAGUCAACCAAUCACAUGUUUAGUGCCCAUGUCCCACCCCCGAAAGAUCCUGAACUUUGGAAUAGUACUACCUCGUGAGCAGGGACUUUCUGAGGGGGAAAUUUUUACUCGGAACUUCAUUUAGACCCUGGUUCCUGCGGUCAAAACACACGGAGGACCACUCCAAAGUCCCUAGUUCCUGGGGAAAGUUCCUGCAGUGGAAACGUGGCUUAAGUAGAUCGUAGAGUCCAUUGGUGCCAAUGAUUUCUAUAAUCUACUUAGGCUUACAAUGAUUUUGGUAACCACAGCCCUGAACGAUAUAUCAGUCUAUAAGAUACUGUUAUCUUCCGAUACCGAUAAUCUCAAAAUGACCAAAUAUUGGCUGAUUAAUCGGCCCGUAUUGGUCUGUCAAGACACUGUUAUCGCCAGAAUGGCCAGUUGUCAGCAGAUUAACCUGUCUUGCAGAUAUAUCAGUCGAUCACUAGUUAGUUAACUCGGUGUGAACUAGAUUGUCAGAGUGUGUAUGAUCAGGGCUGGCUCACUUUGUGUUGAGAGCAACAGGCCUCCAUGAGAACAAAGAGUGCUAUCUGCAGGAGACAGGAAAGAGGGGGUUGACCCAUAGCGAGACAGAUAAAGACUGAGGCUUUAUCAGGAGCUGAGCACUCCAGCAGAAGAAACACCCAGUCAGCUCCCUCUCUCUCUAACAGAAACCUCCCUCCCCUCUGCACUACUCCCCUCUCACCCGCCAACAGCAUCCCAUAAUGCAUUGCAGGAGCUUAAAGAGGGAAAAUGGCCUCGUCUGAUUGGAUAGCAUCCAAGCAGCCAGUGGGGGGGGGUUUAAUAGAGGAAGUUGAGGCCCAAAUCAUAACGGCUCACAGACAAUAGGCAUGAUAUGCUAUCAGAGUUGAGCAUGUUGGGAAUUUUCGAAUGAGAUGUUAUCAGUGUUUUUUUUCCUCCAGUUUGGCACUGUCGACGACUUCUCGGACGAGAUCAGUCACACUUUCUUUAAAUGACUGUACUUUUUCACAAGCACAGGGAAACGCUUGCACAUCCUUUUUUUUUUUUUACUGUUGCGGACCACUGAUACAUCAGUGUGACCACUCAUUACCUCAAUGAACAGCUGCUUUCAAACUUAACUCUCAUUAAAAAGGGAGCUUUAGGCAUUACUACUCGAUUUGUACAUAUUCAUACAUAUCAAGCGAACAAUAAAUUUGCCGUCCUUUGCCGCAUCAGCCUCCGAGGAUGAAGGGUCACCAUGAGAAACUGUCGACCGGGCCUUACUCGCUCAAGCGAAAGGCAUACAAGACCCUCCAGGAACUGAGGCACCGCUAUCAAAACUACCAUGGUGCCGCCUCAUUCAUGGUCUCACUUUCCCACAGGCAUAAUGUUCCUAAAGUGACACUUUAAUAUUCGUUUUCUGUAACAGUUUUUCACUUCAUAUUCAUAAGCUCAUUAGUCAAAACCAGCCAUCUUGUCUUGUCUCAUAUUAUCUUGCACGUUUUUCCUUGCACACCCUCCAUGCCCAGUGCGGGGAGACCAGCAUCAGAGCCGCCCAGCUGGACGAGCGCUCCGGGGCUUGAGGAGCAGGUGGGGAGGCCUGUGAAUGCCAGGCCUUGUCCCCCCUUUAUCCUUCCUAACAGCCCCCCAUCCCCCUCCCAGGGCCUCUCUCAUAGCCCUCAAAAAAAAGAAAGAAAAACCUUCCACAUAAUCACGGCUUUCAGCUAAAGAAAACAGCCCUAAUCAAAAUAAACAGUGCCACGGCGGCAUUAUUUCUGCAAUAAACCCACACGUUAAGCCGUCUAGCUGUGGUCGUACACUCCCCUCGCCCUAUUUCAGAUGCGACGUCAACCAUCGCCAUUGCGACGUUGCCAACUUUAGCGUAUUUCUCCUCCAGAAUUUCGCACGUCAGCUUUAUUUCCAAAGCAAGCUGGCCACGUUUGUUCACUGUGUGCAAGACUCUUAACUCAUUUGUAGACAUUUUAUAUUAGUAUCUGUUCAGCCGCCCUUGAUUGUAUCUGCAAAUACCCCCAACUGCUGGUUAGGAAAGGGUAUUUCAGGGAAAACAAAGGCGGAAUAAGGCCGGUCCAAACCAACCUCCUCUUCAUUAGUACUUCUCAAAUCUGGUAAAACAUGUUGGGUAUUGUUCAGUGAACCUCGAAAACCCGAAACCUGCAGGCAACAGAAGUCUCUCGCAUUUGGGUACUGGAUAGAUAGAGUAUACAUGACUUAAAUGUAUAUUUUUUUCCUUAUAAUAUUUACUGAAAAAUGUAUUUUCUCAAUGUAAAUUCACUCAGCCCGGGUUAGUGUGGAUUACAUGUAAAACCGAACACGUGUGCUUAUGUUUCUGUAUUUUUCACUGUACCGAUACUACUUGAAUGCGAAGCAAGACCAUUGAACACAGGUGGAAGCAUGUCUAGGUCAUGACAAGUCAAACUGUACCUGCUACGUUUCUCAGCUUACAACCCAUGGAUGUACUCAUUUCUCUUUAUUUGUUCAAUAUUUGUUGUAAUUUUUCUGAUUAUUUUCUUUGAGUUCAGAUCUUAGCUAUUGUUAUUAUUAUUACGGAUAUUUCUUGCGAAGUUUGUUAGUGUUUCAUAAGGCUUUUUUUUCGGUCUGCUACAACGAUGCUAGUAAAAUUGGACACUGAAAGACUGAAAGCUCUUUGUCAAUAGCGGGAUAUAGGUGUAUAACCACCAAAUUCAGAAACAUGGAAGGUAAAAGGUGGUUUUAGUUGAGAAAAAAGGGAAUAUCCUGACUUCUCAAAAGCAUUGCAAUGCGAUUCGCACAAUCAAGUUCGAUAUCGCAUUACCAUAGAGACCACAGCAUUGUGAGUAGAUAGUCACAUUCAUGUUUUAUUGUUUUCCAUGUUAUUUAACAUUAGAAUUAUACCUGUGUUAAUUUUUUCUAUCAUGUAUCUUUUCAAACUCAUACCUCUAUAAAAAUCAAGAAGGUUAUGAUUUUUUUUUGUUGUUGUUGUUGAUGGAGUGGGGUAGGGGGAUUCAUAUCUGAAAGAAUUGUAAAAAUUAAGACAAUAUUUUUUAUGAAUUAUCAGGGUCUUAUGAGCCACAGAGCAUCAUAUUGAAAGCAAAUCAUCUUUUGUGAAAUUCAUUCUACCAGUGGAUUGCAUAAAUCCACACUCCCGACUCAUCCAGAAACGAUUUGUUUUGUAAAAGGCUAUUUGUUCACAAAAUCCAACUAAUGAUUUUGAAAGCAUUUGAAUCCUGCAUUCAAUAAACCGCAUGUUAGUUCAAUAAUGCGUGCCAAAGGCAUUAGAAGGGUGAUUUUAUUUGAUCAUAUACAAUGAUAGUCAAGAUAAAAAUGACCUUGUACAGUUUUCUAUGAGUGAUGUACGUUUUUAUGUGUAUGUAGCUGGGUGAAUGAUGUUUUUAGAUGCGCAAGUAUUUCUAAUUUUCCCCCCUUUGGUGUGAUCUCGAUGUACUUUUUAUUUCCUUUAGUUGUUUUUCUUAAUUUGUCAUUGUUGUACAGAACAAAUGCACAUAUUAGUAAAAGUGAAAACUCAGAUAUUAACCUGUUCACCAUCCUAUGUGAAAGCUCUACCAUUCCAAAGGAUUGCAAUUACAUUUGCUAUAAAUAUGCUGCUUAUAUCCAACCAAUGCAUCAAAGCUUAAUUUCUUCAUGUAUUUAUUUUGCAAUUACUCUUUUUGACUGUGAUAUAUGUAUUACAUGACUUUUGUUACUAGUUCUAAUUGGUACUUAACUUUUUUCCUCUUUGCUGUCCUUCUGACAUUUAUUUGUCACCUGUAAACUGCUACAUACUCUCCUUACCUAAAGAAACAGCCAUGCCACCAAGUUCUGAUACUUUAAACAGAACCCUUGACCCUCUCAGAAAAGAGAACAGACAAGAUGGCUUCCAUACAAAUGUGCAGUUAUCAGUUCCAAUAUUGUCUUCCCAUGCAAAAUAAGGUCAGUUUGAAUAACUGAUGUUCUCAGUGCUGAAGGAGGAUGACAUUUUAGUAGGAUGCUAUUGCCAAGGAUGCUGUAGUGCCACGACAUAGUUUCGCCCUCACUUUUGGCAUUGGGUGCAUUGGAAGUCUCGUAUUGAAUUCUUGUUUUAAACACGUUACCAAAGGCUUCAGGAUCGAAAAAAUGAAUGUUCAUGUCGCAUUAGUUGGAAUUCAGUCGUUUGAUGGUUUCAGAAGAAUAUUUGGGUGUUUUACUGAAAUAUUUUAAAAUACACCCUUUAAUGGAAACAAUCAAAGUAGGCUGACAGUUUUCAACAUGGAUAUGCAAAAUCAACUGUUUGACUUGGUUAACUGCCAUUCACACAUUCUAAGCCAUCGGAAAGGCUUUUUUUGAUUUAAUAUAGUCCCAAGAAAUACAUAUCUGUGAAUAAGUCCACAUACAAAACAACUGUACAGCAUUGCCUUUAUGUUCCCAAAGGUGGACGUGUCGGUGUGAAGAUCACUCUACUGGUGAAAAUUACACUGUGUUUUUGCAGUUAGAUGUUUCUCCAAAGAACCUAUGGAUGUGUAAAUGCCAUUCAGUGAUUGUGUAUCCAGGUUAACAAAGCUUCGGAGAUGUUGACACGCUUCAGGAAUCGCUAGACUUCAGAAAUGGCUAUUUACGAUGUCAUGUGCUAAGUUGAGGUUGAGCCUCUUAUUUGAAAUGGUGGAAGUGGAUUGAAGUCUUAGCCGUGGCUUAGUUUCGACUGUUGUUUAUGUUUCUGCUCAGGAGACACUAACUGCUUUUGAGGGCUGUGGUCAUUUCUGUUAGUCUGGUCGUCUGCCAAACAGUGCGGUUGGGUUCGCACAACCUCACGCCUGUUAAAAGCGCAGAGCGCCCAUUUGUCUCUGAUCCCCAGGUGUGGUGACCUAACUCCCCUCAUUUGGGGAGAAUCGUGCAGACGACCCCCCUAGCGAACGCCGAAAUUCAUUUCAAAUUAAUACGCCGACAUUUCCCAUAUGAUUAAACCCCGGUCUGAAAAUAAGACACUGUGAAAGAGCCAUUUGAAAGACUGAACGCAUCCUCGCUACCAUACGACUUUUCUGUGAAAUCCGAUGUUCCUGAAAUGGGAACGAAAGGAUUUCAAAUUCCUCCCUCUUCAUACAUACCAGUUAAGCACAUUGUGUGCUAACGCUCUCCUAUUGUAGAGAUUUCAAUAAGUGUUGUAUAUUGAAUCGUAGUGAGGCACUAGCGGCCUCAUGCUGUCCUGUAGACGUUCGCCGCGUGAACUCGACUUGCCUUCCUAUUGUACGUACUCGUCUGUAUUUUAACAAUCUCUUUUAACGACACCGUGUGAUGCCUGCUCCAGUGACUACAUUGCGCUGGGUUUCUAUUUCCCAGCACCUCUGUAUUUUGUACAAUAGCUCUUCUUUAGCAAUGGCCAGUUCUGUUCUCCAUAACCUCAUUCAAAACAACUGCCGCAUAAUGAAUCUAUUUUUUAUUUUAUUUUGAUUUGCAAUCAACCAAAUCACUACAGUGAAGUAUUACAGUUGUACAGUUCCUUGAAUUAUUCAGAUUAUAUUAUUGUUGCUGGUCUAUGGUUGCUCUGCUGUAUCUUUUUAUGACCUUUUUUUUUUUUUACAUGUUAGACAAUAUUGUGACUAUGUCCUAUGCAAAUAUGAGAAUUAACAAGAAUUUGUCAAAUAAUGUAUGUUGUCUUAACUUGUAUGCAUGAAAUAGUGAAGUUUACAUUUGAGAAUAAAUUCAUAAAUAAGAAGCA